AUGGCAAACAAAUCUGAAAUGUCUGAAAUUGGAAGUUAUCGGUGUCCAUCAAAUCGUGAUCACACUCAUUCAUCAUCCGAAAAAUCAUCGACAAAAAAGACAAACUAUAUUUCAGCAGAUAUUUUAAUGGUUAUGAGACACUCUGAAAGACUCAAUGAUUGUUGUCCAGGUUAUAUUGAAAAAUUUGAGCGAAAAAAAUAUGAGCCAUAUGAUUUGAAUAUGCCAUCAAAAUUGCCAAUUGAAAGACCAAUCAUAAAUUAUUCACAUGACACGUGUUUAACAAGAAGUGGUAUUGUUUUAUCACAAAUGGUUGGAAGAAGUAUGAAUGUUGUUGGACAAAUUCCUGAUAUUAUUUAUUGUUCUCCAUCUUUGAGAUGUAUUCAAACAGCAACUUGGGUUCGAGAAAUGAGUGGAACUAAAACAUUAAUUCGUGUUGAACCUGGUUUAUUUGAAGAUUUCAUUUAUCCAUCAGGUGUUCCAGCUUUUAUAACAUCAGAUCAAAGAUCAGCAACAUUUCCAGUUGAUAAUUCAUAUAAACCUAUUAAACCAUUAGAUACAGUAAGCAAUUUUUAUUUUAUUAGCUUUCAAAAUAUCUCAAAUAUUUUCUUAUAGAUCAUCAAUCAUCAAGAAACAAAUGAUGAAUACAAUGAUCGAGUUCGUACAACUCUUCAAGAAAUAGUUAACACAUUUGAAGUUGUUGAAAAUGGUCGAGAACUUCGUGUUCUUUGUGUUGCACAUGCUUCUACAGUUGAUAUGGCUGUUGGUUUAAUGAGAGAAAGACCAAGAAAAACAAAUGCAAAUGAAUUGGAAUCAAUUGCGAUUACUGUACCUUAUUGCUCAGUUUCGUAUUUGAAAAAGGUAGGAGAAACAGGAAAAAUUUAGAACUUUUAUGGGUUACUGUAGAUUUUCGGGAUUGCCGAGAUUUGUUGGGAUUUUUCUGAAUUACUGUACCUUUUUGUAUAUAUAACUUUUUAUUUACACUGUUUUUUUCAAAAAAAUUAUCCUAAAUUUUUUCUUGGAAACUGGGAAAAGCUUGGGAUUUAAAAGAAUCACAAGGAAGACUACAUUCCAAAAAUAUUUCAAACUCCCAUUUUUUCCAGAAAAAAUCCUACUGGGUUCCACAUCCUCAUAUAAUUCCAACAGUCACUUAUGAGAAUCUCAACAAUCGAUAUAAUCCAUAUUAUGUUCAUCGUACUUGA